AUGAAAACACUAACAAUUAUAUCAAUUUUUGGAUUAACCUUUGCUUUCUCUCAGUAUGUGUAUGAAUAUUCCCAUGCAUCUUUUAACCCUCUGAAUCGAGUAAAAAGGGACUUCUUGGAUUCGGAAUGGACUGAAAAAUUACCUGAAGAUAUUUCAGUAGAACCGGAUUCUUCGGUAAGUAAAUUCUAUACGAGUUUUUAUUUUUUAGACGAACCACACCUACUAUAAGAUGCAUAUUUAUUCAAAUCGGACCGAUCUUAUGUCGCAGUAUUAUAUUGACGUCAAAAAAUGGCUAAACAGUUCGGUUCCUGGUUUAAAUGGAACAGAGAAUCACGAGCAUCUGGACGGUGCUUACCGUAAGGCUGCCGGUGCAAAUAUUGGAUUCGAAUUUCCAUUCUACGGUCAUGAGAUGGAUAAUUUGACCGUAGCGACAGGUGGAUUCUGUUAUGUGGGGGAUCAGACCCAUAGCUGGCUUGCGGCGACACAGUAUAUUGCUCCUUUGAUGGCCAACUUCGACACUACGGCUCCCAAUUCGGUGAUUAUGUAUGCCACUAACAGCUCUCGCAUGGUUAUCACCUGGGAAUCUGUGCGUCUGAGAGACAAUCCAAAGGCCGGAAAUUGGACCUUCCAGGUUUCUCUAUUCAAAAACGGAGACAUAUGGUUUGUAUACAAAGAUGUAAGUUAUUAUUGUAGUUUUAAUACUCGUUUAGAUCCCUAUUCCUGUUACUUUGAUCAGUGAUAACAAUCAUCCUUGUAAAUUAGGAAUCAGUGAUGCUUACUUGUUCACACAUCAAUAUGGAGAUAAAGGUGGGUUUUGAAUUUUUGUUACCUAAAACUCUUUUUAGCUCCGAUUCAAACAAAGAAAGUGAUCCAUGAAUACCAUAGGAUCGUGGUUCCUCCGGAGAAAGUGGUCAAUAACACCAUUAUUGUUCUCGAAGCAUUGCCAAGUCCGUUUUUCUUGUUUAUUUAUCUCAUUUUUAAACAUGUUUGAUCAUCCUAGUUUUAGCGUGUUUGCAAUUCAAGACUUGUUCUGAUUGUUCUUCGGGGAAAUUGACUAACUUCAAUUGCUCAUGGUGUGCCCCUAAGCAAAGCCAUAUUGAACCAUUUUGUUCUGAUUUUGCUGGGUAAGUUUUAUUGUUUUGGUUUGUAUUAUUUUAUGUUUAGACUUCAUCGACGUCGCCAGCAUUGGGUGGAGGGAGAUUGUGCCCGAACUCCAGCUCCUGAUCAAUGCAGCCCUCGAUCAACAACAAUGGAGCCUUCAACCGAACCGUCAGUCACAGCCCCGGCUGUGGAUAUUGAAGAGUUCCACCAAAAACAGACUGGUGGGUUUGGUACUCGUAUUAGUAAUAAUGAUCUAGGCGUGGAAACGAGGAAGUCUGGAGGCUUUGGACGUAUUCUUUUCGCAGUAUUCAUUCUUUUCUUGAUCUCAGCCUGUGGUUGGAUAGUUUACGCUUUCUAUAAUCCUCAUACUCCGUCAGGACAGCUACUUAUUAAGGUUUGUUUUUUUUACUGAAAUCAGUUAACUAUUCUUCUAAAUUACAUUUCCAUUUCUUUCGCAAAAUUACUAAAAUUUAACGCUUGACGCCUGUUUUAAUGAAUGCUUCUCUUUAGUACCGACCUUCUAAAUGGCAGAUCCCAAGUAGCCAUGUCAGGUACAGCGCUUCAGUCCACAUGUGACUUAAAACUCUUUCUUCAGCGGGUAA